UGUAACAAUUGUGAAUAAUAAAGAUGGCGAAAUUAUUAAAGACUUGGACAGUGAGUAUAGGGAUGAAUGAAGGCACUGGGUAGGCAGAAUUUUGUAAACAAAAACAAUAGGUGUUUGAAUUAAGGAAACAGUUUUCAUGGGGGGUGAUCAUAAUUGGAACUUCUUCAAUGGGUGAGAGCAUUAUAAGACAAGGUACAGCUACAAUGGAAACUGAAAAGUAUGGGCGAAUAUGUUAAAUGGUGACUAAGAACUAUGGAAAUAGGAGAAAAGAAAAGAGAAAUAUUGGAGUGGGUUUCUGGGGAGAAAAUCAUAAGAAUAAAUCUAAUGAGGAGGGAGAAUCAAGGGAAUAGAUUUACUGGGGAGUGGAAAUCAAGGGAACAAAUUUACUGGGGAGUGGAAAUCAAGGGAACAGAUUUACUGGGGAGUGGAAAUCAGGGGAAUUGCCAGAUUAAGGAGGAUUGCAUUGUUUCAAUAUAUAUACAUACAAUUACUACUGCACGGUACUGUACAUCUAAUGUCACAUUAGGCAAUUCGAGCAAUUUACAUAUUCACAGUAAUACAAAUACAUCACAUCGACU